UAUGCUAUGUGUUGUGUACCUACCUAGGUACAUAUAGUGUAUAACAAAAAGCUUAGGAUCUGGUCUGUCAGAAGUGAAAUAUCAUCCUGUGACUCCCUCCCGUAAGAUUCCAACUUCUUUUCUUCUUCUUUUUUUGUCCCUUCUCAUCUCUUCCCAUCAGAUUAUAGUAGUGGAUUGGAACUCUACCUAGGCUUCCCAACCUUAUACCCAUUGACCAUUGUCAAACUUGUUACUUCGACCUCCUCGAAGGCUUACGCUCUUUAACCCCCCCUGACUCUUUGAGCUAGACAUCGUCGACCUAGGUGCCUAGACUCAAAAGCAGGUUCCCCUGAAAAGGAAAAACAAAAAGAUAAAGAAAAAAAAAAAGACAAGCACAUCCCUCCAUCUGUUAGCCUAUACACAUCACUUUCAGAACAAUUACCUAGGCACAAGUCAAAUCUAUAGCCCCAAAGCGGAUUCUGAAGAAUUGUUAUUGCUAUUAUAUCAUCACUAUUAUUAUACCAGAAUCUAUAACUGCAAGCCAAGCCAAGUCAACCUGCAUACAAGUUGGCGUUGACUUAUCACAUUUUACGACGAAACUUGGUGCUUACCUAUAAACCAACGUUUACUAGAGGCCACCAAAAUCGCCAAUCUAACUAACCUGCAUCAUACAUAUCCCAUUCCCACGGUACCUCGAAUAGAGUUAUCAGCAAUAUGUCGUACACGUCCGGUAUCAGCUCUUCUACUUCCCUUAUGGGUUUCUCGGUUCAUCAGCCUGCCAUUGGUGCCCCGUUGCAGUUCUUCCCUGCCAUGGGUUCCAAGGAGUUGGACGAGAUGAUCGACGCUUACGUUCCCGGAAAUGCAUCCAUCCUCGAGAAGCGUGCUACCGUCUCCAUGGAAUUCUUCGAGCAUAGCAUGGCGACCGGCGAACUCUUCAAAUUCUUUAUGGUAUACCCUAGUUUUGGUUCUGCUACGGAAUCGCCCAGUACCACCUUCGCUGAUUCCGGCUACGCUUCCAACUUCACAUCUCCUGUUAUGUCAGAGAGCCAAUGGACUCAAGCUAGCAAUAUCUCUUCAUCAAGCGAACGCAGGACCCAGAAGCCGUCCCCUAAAAAGGCGGCUCUGUCCAACGAUUUCUCACAUCUUCCCGGUAUGAAAAUUUUGACCAAGGACGGAAAGGAUGUUACCAACUCGGCUUCUCGUGGUUGCAAAACGAAAGAGCAGCGCGACCACGCCCACUUAAUGCGAAUCAUCAAAGCUUGCGAUUCUUGCAGGAGAAAGAAGGUUCGUUGUGAUCCGAGCCAUAAGCGGUCUUCCGGUUCUUCUACGACUAGAACAGCCAAGAAGGCGAAGAAGGCUGCUGCACCGUCCGUUCCAGCGGCCGCACCUCCACCCCAAACAACAUUACAACCUUUGGAUCAACCUUUAUGUAUGCCAUCAUUCGACAUUGCAGACCUAUCUGCUUCAUCUUUUGACACAAUCGUAUCGGAUUCGUUGGUUGAUCCUACUAUGGAUUGGGAUCAGUUUGUCCAGUACGACGAGGAGCCCAUUCCAUACGACUACGACUUCCUCUUUGACCCCGAGGGCCACCUCACACCAACUUCAUCUAGCUCACACUCUCCAUCUCAACCAAUUACUCCCGCGCAGAUAGCAGCCCCAGAGAACACUACCGUUAGCAUAACCGAAGAUGCCCAGGCAGUACUACCACCUUAUCUAAACCCAGGUGGCGAGGUUGGCAACAACUACGCCGACUUCAAUCUAUACUCGCCGGGCUCUUCAAUUUGUCUGGAUGAUGACCCAAGCCUAACUACGGAAGUUGCAGCGUUGCCACAAUCCGACUACAUACGAUACGUAAACGACCAAUCACCGGCUGACUCUCACAUACGAAAGAGUAUCCUAGACCAAGAUCAGAGUCGGGAUACUCAGCUAGGUAUAUCUACAAACAUAGACUAUCCAGCGUCGCUGGUUUUACAGGAACAAGCAUCAUCGCCAACCGGCCUAGAUACAAUAUCAUAUUACGAGGGAAUAUCCGACGCCCCGAUCCAGUCCCUAGUGGCACAAGGCGACAGCCGACAGCGCAGCCAAGUACCCGAGUCUCGCGUUCCGCCUGGCCUACCGGCCCCAUUCUCACCAGUAAGGACCGGCGAAUCGCAGCUCCAACCACGGACUUCACCAUCGCCAGCUGGAGUAGGCGUAUCACUAUCCCCGCUACACGAAUCUGAGCCUAGGUCACCACGUCCCACAGCUCUAAGAAAACACAACCAGAACCUUGCAGAACGGCACAAGCAACAAGACACAGUUGCCACGCUGACAAGCAGUAGUGGCGCUUGGUUUACUACAUCUGGAGGGUCUGAGGCCACAAUGGAACUGUCUUCGACAAGCCAGCUACGUCGCGAGUUCAGCAAGCUUCCCAAGACCAACAUCAUAACUCACAGCGCGGAAGGAUCCAAACCUUCUACUCUCUCUGAGCACCGCACGAUGGACGCAAUUGCUUCAUCUUCUUUGUCUCAAGAUGUGGCAUCUUCUAAGUCUUCCAUCGCAGAACCCCAUGCCUGGAAUGCACCUAGGCGUCCUUCCUCUGGCAUUUCUCAUGCGAUUUCUCGAAUUAUCGCAGCCCAGGAUGCUGUUGAGGAGAUUGGUUUCUCUGAUGCCGCUGGUCUAUCCACCUCCUCGUCUGACAGGACCAAGACAGUGCCAUCUUUGGGCUGUAGCAGAAAUAACCGCCCCGUAGAACGUAGGCUGCUUCAGUCAGCAUCCCUAAGAGCGCCGCAAUCACAAGCCAGGGCAGGUAUGCACAAUCAGCCCAAGACGAUUGUGAGCGCAAUUGCAGCAUACGUGCUGUUGUUUGCAUACGCAUCUUUGAGCAUGCUACGCCACUGGCAACCCCUAAGCGAUAAAGCCGUAGAUAUUGGGAUCUGUCUAGGGUCUCUAUCUAUUGUCGUUGCUUACACCAUGCUACGGCAACAAAUUUCGAGUGCGGCCAUGCUGGAUCUGGCCACACAACUUCUUUCCUUCCCCGGACGACUGGUUGAUGGUACAAACGCCGCCGAACCAGGAUUUUCUCGACUAUCGGAAGACAUCUCCAAGGCUCGCAGCAACUUCACCAACAUCCUAGACUCAUCCUGCAAGAGUACUACGGCCCUGGGCUCCCGCAUACGGCGCAUGACAAGUCUUGUCUAAUGAUGAUAUCAUCCUAGGACCUAUUUCUCCUAUGUAUUGUUAUAGUUGGCAUUUGCUUGGCAUAUGAUUGCGCUCAUCGGAAAAGCAAAUUAUGAUACCCUAGUUUAAAAACAGGCGGUGGUGGAUUUGAAGUGAGCUUCUAGCCUCGUAUAGGCUAAACGGCUCAAGGAAAGAAGGUGGUUGAAGGUUGGUCCAGCUGACGACAUCUAGGAGGUGAUGUAUUUUCACAUCUACUUAGAGUAAUAAUACGACCUUUAACUGCUUUUUAUUAACACUACUGGUUCUUAAUGAUUAUGUGAAAUGAAUUGAUAGUUGGUCUUGAUGAGGUAGUUAGUUUUAUCUUAUGUAGUGAUUUAUUAUGGAAAUGGUGGAAAUUUUAAAUCA